UAGCAUCUCUUGAAACUGUCGAUCAUAUUUACUAGGUAAAGAGUGCUUCCAACAUAUCGCCACUAUUGCUUCACUAUGAUUGGAAGAUAAGGCCAUGACGUCACGUCAACCCACGGAGAUUUAAAGAUCAGACUAGCGUAUUUAAAUCAUUUGACUUUUUUCAGUCCUCGAACAUAGGCGUUCAAAAUUAAUCAGCCAUAGCAAUUCUGACUCAAUAUGAACACUUCUAUCAGUAACAUUACUGGAGUGGCAAGGACAUCCCAGAAUAAUGGUCGAUUGGUCAAAAUCACCGUGUGUUCUAUUCUUGCAUUCACUGGUCUUCUAAGUAACACUAUGAUAGUGAUACUAUUUACAAAAAACAAACUCUUAAGAAGGUCAAGCAACGCGUUUAUUCUCAACAUGGCGAUCUCCGACUUGCUUGUGCCUCCUUUUUCCAUUUCAAUCCUCCUUCUUAAUGAAGUCAACAAUAGUCUUGAUUGGCAAAUUUCUGGAGUACCUGGAUUGUAUAUGUGUAAAAUUGUUACAUUUUUGGGAGAUUUGUCGCCUUUGGUAUCCACGUUUUGUCUUGUUUUCAUGUCUUUCGACCGGUUCUUGGCCGUUGUGUACCCUACAAAGAGGCACCUACGAACGCCAAGAGUCCGAAGAUAUUUUAUUGKAAUCAGUUGGUUUGUGCCCAUCUUAUACUGCCUUAAGAACGUUUAUGCCUAUCAAAUCGUUGGACACUACUGCGGUGAAUACUGGGGGCCUCCUUUGAGUCACCAUAAACUUACAUUAACAAUGCUCAAGAUUCUCUAUAGUGUUAUCUUCAUCUUUUUACCUCUAGUUCUCAUAACCGUAUUCUAUGGAUGCAUACUAUGGACCCUACGAAAACAGCAUCUUCUCCACAAAAAGAGCAUCUUCUGUCAGUACCAGGUACGACAACGGCGCAGACAACGCAAAAAGAUCAACAUUUUAGCUUUUAGUGUCGURCUUGCGUUUGUUCUUUGUUACGGGCCGUUGUACUGUCUUAUCUAUAUAAAUUUUUCAUUUUUGAAAUGGACUAGGCCAAAGGGAAUUUUCAAAAGCUUGAUCAUCCCUGCAUACCUGUUAGCUUAUGCUAAUUCUACAAUAAACCCCGUCAUUUGCUUUCUAUUUAACAGCGAGCUCAGAAAAAUUCUCAAAGAGUCUCUCCCUUGUCACAUUAAGAUAUGUAAAAGUGAUUACCAAUGUAGGCUUUUUGGCUUGCGAAAAAGCUAUGAGCUGAARACGAUUGAUGUGUCGAGUGCUCCAGCAACUGUUAUGACUAGCGUGACUUACAUUAAUGAUAAUGAAGAGAGACUGGUAAAGAUUGUCAAGGAUCACAGMAAUAAUGGUGGAUAUGUGAUCCGAUUUGAAAACCUUAAUGAGAGAAUGUAAUAUUAAAAUUAUAUAUCCUGAUAAAUGAAGACAAACAGAUGUCCAACUAUCUGUGGAUGUAAUAAAUGACUGUGUAUCAAAUAUAGUUCGGUAUGGACGAAACUGAGCUAGAAAAAAGAUAAGACGUAUAUUUGACUUGAAUGGAUAUGACAGAACUGGUGAACGAAUGCAUGAAUGGAUGGAURRAUAGUAAAUCGAUAAAUGAAUUAUUGGAUGGAUGACAAGUCAAUUAUUGGAUGGAUGAAUGGGUGGACAAGUGAAUAAAUCACUACUCGAUGAAUGAAAAACAAAUCGUCUAUAUAUAUUUUAAAAGCGAACUAAAUUACGAAAAAUAUCAUAUAUCUACAACUAGAGAGGAAAGAAAAUGAGUUAAUUAAGUGGAAUAUAAUUAAAUUUAGGAAAACCUUCGACAAAUAUAUAUAUCGCGCAACAUUCGAAAGAACAUUUUCACAUUGAACAUUGCAAUAGAAUAUCACAGUCGAAUCGAUUUGUUAAUUUUCUCAUUAGCAGCUCUUGAAAAAGUUAAAAAAAUGCGCUUUUGCCGUCGAAUUGUCCGCCGGCGGCAAAUCUAAGCUUUUUAUUAACCAAAAAGCUGUAAAAGUACACUAUGUCUGUGUCUGUAUGGAUGAAAUGACAAAUAAACAUACAAAAAAAGGCG